AUGACGAACCAGCAGGACCGCUGGUCCAACCAGGGCAUCCCGCUAGGCCAGCCCUUCAAGUAUGUUUUACCAUCCAGCGACAUCACGCCCUAUACUAACAGCAGCCGCCAAAAUCCGCCUGUUUUGCCACCCCCUGCCACGUUGGAGGCAGGCGGCCAGCCCUUUUCGCCGUUCCCUAACCUACCUGCUUUGGGCAACAGAGCCAACACCUCCUCAGGGCACGUUUUCACCAUCCCAUCCAUCAGCUCCAACGACGACAGAAGACCCUCGGGCGGCCAGCCUACGUCUUCGCUGCAAGGCCAGGCCCCUCAGGGCUCUUCGCAAGGGCCCCACCUCCCUCACGUCCAGGGCUUCUCUUCGCUCCCUCAGAACCCACCUAGACCAUCCAACUCCAUCUACAACAUCACCAACCGCGAUCCACCGGAGGAAAAGGUCAAGGAGGAGCCCCAGCCGCAGGGACAGCCCCAGCAGCAGCAGCAGCCUCCACAUCAGUCGCUGCCACAGACCCAGCCUGCCGCUAGCCAGAAGCUGCAGCCACACGGUUCUCACGAUCCCCAGCGCACAGCCCUGGCACCUCUGGGCACCCAGGAGCAGCAGGCUCAGGGUCCUAUCGGCCCAGCUUCGCAGCCACAGGGUCCUCUUCCACCUGGCGUGUUGAACCGGUCAUCAUCUUCCAGCGCCUACAGACCAUUGAACGUGAAGGAUGCUUUGUCCUACCUUGACCAGGUGAAGAUCCAGUUCUACAACCAGGCAGACGUGUACAACAACUUCUUGGAUAUCAUGAAGGAUUUCAAGUCGCAGAGCAUAGACACCCCGGGCGUCAUCGAUCGAGUGUCCACCUUGUUCCGUGGCCAUCCCAACUUGAUUCAGGGCUUCAACACGUUCUUGCCACCUGGAUACCGGAUCGAAUGCUCCUUAGACCCCUCUGACCCUAACCCGAUCAGAGUGACUACCCCAACAGGCACUACGACAAGACCAAACAUGAACCUUCCACCCCAGCAACAACAGCAGCAGUGGAACGCCGAGCAAAUGCUCCCUCACCAGUUGCAACAGUUCCCAACCGAUCAGCAACAGCAGCAACCUGGGGCCGGUGGUCAGGUCGAAUUCAACCAUGCCAUUUCUUAUGUCAACAAGAUCAAGACGAGGUUUGCAAACCAGCCAGAUAUCUACAAGCAAUUUUUGGAAAUCUUGCAGACUUACCAGCGCGAACAGAAACCUAUUGGUGAGGUUUAUGAGCAGGUCACCCUGCUUUUCUCAAGCUCUCCUGACUUGCUUAACGACUUCAAACAAUUUUUGCCUGACAGUGGGAACCAGCCGCUCUUGCAACCACAGAGGUCUCACGACGGUCCAGCUCUUCUAGCUCAGGCUCAGGCUCAGCCUCAUUUGCAGCAUGUCGAUAAACCACCUUACUUUCCAGGUAAUAACGGAUCACAGUUGCCACCUUUAGGAAAUUUCCAACCCGCCGCUGGCGGCCCUAUGAUGAACGGAGAGCAACAGUAUCGUGCUCACUACGAAAUGCCACCCCAAGAAAUGGUUAUGCAAGGUGGUGCUAUGAUGCACGAGGACAUGAGAAGACGAUCCGAGCAACUGGCUUAUGAGAACAACUACAAUGAGGAGGCUCAAUACUCAAGUAUGCGUGCCGGUGUUCAGCCUUCUGCAAACAAGCUGAAAAACGGUACUCCGGGUGCUCCGACUGUGCUCACUAAGAACGGCACCAAGAUCAACCCAACGUUGGUUCCUGGUGUACCAGAACCCGUCCCACCAACGGCCGCCGUCAGACAAUCCUCCUUGCUGGAAGAGUUGGGUUUCUUUGACAAGGUCAAGAAGGCUAUCGGAAACAAGCAAUCCUACAACGAAUUUUUGAAGUUCCUCAACUUAUACUCUCAGGAUAUCAUCGAUAAAGCCACUUUGAUCGAGAGAGUCGACUAUUUCCUCGGCGACACUCACCAAGACUUGCUUAACUGGUUCAAGCAAUUCGUGGGUUACAAGGAAGAGACACAACAUAUCGAAGAUAUCACCUUCAAGAAGCAUCAAAUCGAGCUUUCCCUUUGCAAAGCUUAUGGUCCUUCGUACAGACAAUUGCCAAAGGUUGAAACCUACAUGCCCUGCUCCGGCAGGGAUGAGAUGUGUUGGGAGGUUCUUAAUGACGAGUGGGUGGGUCACCCAACUUGGGCUUCUGAAGACUCUGGUUUCAUUUCUCACAGAAAGAAUCAAUACGAGGAGAUUCUCUUCAAGAUUGAGGAGGAGAGAUUGGAGUUUGACUACCACAUUGAAGCCAACUUGCGCACCAUCCAAACACUAGAGACGAUCGCUAACAGAAUCGCAAACAUGACAGCUGAGCAGAAGGCAAACUUCAAACUUCCGCCUGGCUUGGGACACACCUCUCAGACUAUCUACAAGAAGGUCAUCAGAAAGGUUUAUGACAAGGACAGAGGUUUCGAAGUCAUCGACGCACUUCAUGAAAACCCUGCUAUUGCUGUGCCUGUUGUUUUGAAGAGAUUGAAGCAGAAAGAUGAAGAGUGGAAGAGAGCCCAGAGAGAGUGGAACAAGGUUUGGAGAGAGAUGGAACAGAAAGUUUUCUACAAAUCUCUCGACCAUUUGGGCUUGACAUUCAAACAAGCAGACAAAAAGCUUCUCACUGCCAAGCAGCUUGUUAGCGAGAUUAGCACGGUAAAGGUCGAGCAACAAAACAAAAGGGUUCAUCCAUUGACGCCAAAGCCUCAGGAACAGCUUGACUAUGUUUUCGAAGACUUCGAUGUGGUCUAUGACAUCAUCAAGCUUGCCGAGUUCUAUAUUUUCCAUUCAUCCAACUACUCCAGCAGUGACAGGGAUAAGUUGGGCGCCUUCUUCAAGUACUUCAUUGGUUUCUUCUUCGGCAUCAGCCAAGAGACGAUCGAAGAGGCAUUGACAGCAAGAUCCAAGGAGGAACGUGGUAAAGAGGAAACCAAGAAUCCUGAAGAUAUUGGCACUCAUGCAGAGCAGAAUGGCACCGUCGAAUCGAACAACACAAAGAAGCGUAAUCGUGACCAAGACUUGUUGCGUGAUGUGUUGAAGAAGCAAUCCAAGAGCAGAAAGGAGGAGAAGGAUGCCUCCUCAGCUAGUGAGUCCGAGGAGCCCGAUCUUGUCGAUGAAGUCGAGAAGUCCGGAGAAUUGUGGAUCAGAACAGCGUCAUCUAACUUCUCUCUCGACGAUAUGUCAAGAGAACAUAAGCGUGACAGAUUCAACUUCUUCUGCAAUACCACGAUAUAUGUGUUCUUCCGUCACUUCAGAACCUUAUACGAGAGACUCGAGGAGAUAAAGGGAAUGAAUGAAGAGGUUGCUAAGGAAAUCAGCGCUAGGAAGAUCCCUCAGUUUGCUAAAGACCUUAACCUUGUCUCGCAUCAGCUUGAGGAAAUGGGCGUUCAGAUGGUGGGCUUCAAGGAUUGCUACAAGCAAGUGUUGUCUUUGACAGAAAGGUUACUUGAUGGUGAAAUCGAGCACCAGUGGUUUGAGGAAAGUUUGCGUCAAGGGUACCGCAACAAGGCUUACAAGUGCUACACCAUUGACAAGGUUGUUCAAGCUCUUGUGAAGCAUAUGCAUACGAUAAUUACUGACUCCAAGACUUCGGAGAUGGUGGUGUUGUUUGAACAAGACCGUAAAACACCAGCUUCUACAGCGAAGGAUCAGAUUUUGUAUCGUAUGCAAGUGAGGUCCCUCAUGAGCAACGAGGAGAAUAUGUUCAAGAUUGUUGUCAAGGAGCCUGAGAACUCGGUCACUAUUGAAUUUGUUGCUCUUGAUGAUUUAACGAUUAAUGAUCAUGAGAAUGCGGAGGAAAGCUACAAUUACUACGUCACUUCUUAUGUCAUGUCUCACCCAACUGAAGGUGUUCCAGCCUCCAAGAUCAAUAUGCCUUUCCAUAAGGCAUUUAUCGAUGCUGUCGAGGAAGAGCAAUGCGAGGGCAAGGCUUCAUCUGACCUCAGAGUAUCCAUUUGCGAAAACUCAUACCGUUUAUUCUUUGAGCCUGGUGCUCACGAUGAGUUCACAGCAAAUUCUGUUCAGCAAAAACAGAAAGAACCCACAUCUACCCCAGAAGAGAAGAUUGAGACUUUCAAGAAAUUGUUGGAUGAUGAGGAGUUUGGUUGGAAAGCUAACCUCAGUGAAGAGCAGAGCGAGAAGCUUAGUCUGAAUUUCGACAUUCUUCUCAAGAAGGGUGCAACAGAAUACAGAGGAAUCGCCAAUGCCGUCGAGGAUGUCGAGAUGAAGGAUGCUGACGAGACUACCGAAAAGCCCGAAAGCAAAGAUGACGAGGAAGAGGAUGGGGAGACACUCAAGCAAGAGGAUAAAAAAUCCGCUGAAGAAUCUUCAAAGGGAGACUCUGAGACCACCAAGGUGAAUCCCGAUACCACAGUGGAUGCCGACACUACUAUUUUCCAUGACCCAAAUGACACGACCAUACAGCAGGACGUUAAUGAAACCACAAAUGAGGAGGUAACAAUCAAUGCCGGUGCUGAUGAAGACGAAGGUGCUGACACGACUGCUCCCGAGGGCGGAGCCCAGGAUAAUUCUACGGCUUAA